AUGGGGGCCGUGGAGCCGCUGCUGCUGCUGCUGCUGCUCUCAGGUGCCACCCGGUGCCAGCCGCCGCCGUGUCCCCCGGGCCAGCGGGCGGAGGGGGACGGCGCGGGUGCCACCUGCGUGCCGCUGUCCCCCGACGGCGACAGGAUCAUCGGGGGGUACCCGUGUGUCCCCAUGUCGCAGCCCUGGCAGGUGCUGCUCUACGGCCCGCUGCGCUGCGGGGCCGUGCUGCUGCGGCCGCUCUGGGUGCUGACCGCUGCUCACUGCGUCAAGAGAGGUGACAGUGCCACCCGGUGCCAGCCGCCGCCGUGUCCCCCGGGCCAGCGGGCGGAGGGGGACGGCGCGGGUGCCACCUGCGUGCCGCUGUCCCCCGACGGCGACAGGAUCAUCGGGGGGUACCCGUGUGUCCCCAUGUCGCAGCCCUGGCAGGUGCUGCUCUACGGCCCGCUGCGCUGCGGGGCCGUGCUGCUGCGGCCGCUCUGGGUGCUGACUGCUGCUCACUGCGUCAAGAGCCCCGGGGCCUCCUGCCUGCUGUCCGGCUGGGGCACGGUCACCACGCCGCAGGUGACGCUGCCCAAGCGCCUGAUCUGCGCCUACGUGCAGCUGCUGUCGGACGCCGCGUGCCGGCGCGCCUACCCCGGCCGCAUCACGCCCAGCAUGCUCUGCGCCGGCGUCAGCGACCGCCGCGUCGACUCCUGCCAGGUCAGCCUGAUUCAUCCCAAAUCCACCCCAAAUCUGGCCAAAAUUCACCCAAAAUCUGGCCAAAAUUCACCCAAAAUCUGACCCAAAUCUGACCAAAAUCCGACCAAACUACGCCUAAAAUCUGACCGAAAUCCACCCAAAAUCUGA